AACAUCGUUAUGUACUACAUUCGUAAAAGAGCCAAGUAUAGACCUGUUAAUGAUUUGCGAAUUACGACAACUGAUUGCCUCUUCGAUGAUAGAAUGACUUCAUAUUAUGUGGCAUACUUGAAGAGGAAGAAGUCUGAAUCUACUUCAGUUUCUGAACGUAGUCUUAUUGCAAAGUAUAUUUGUGGAUACAAUAUGCUUUGCAAUACGCAUUGGAAGAAUGUAGAUGAGGUGUUGUUUCCUAUGAACAUGAAGAAGCAGAAGCACUGGAUUUUGGGGCGUUUGGUCUUCAAAGAAAGAUGCAUAUAUGUGUAUAAUUCUAUGAAUUCAAAUGUGGCGAGGAAGUCUGCAGUUGAAGCAGCCACAAAAUAUUCUGUUCUAAUUCCACUUUUUUUAGCUCAGAUGAAUUUUUAUGAUUUGCGCAGUGACAUUGAUCUGAAUUCUCAGCCUUAUUUGAAUAAGAAUUCAAAUGAAGCUUUCCGUAUUGAAGUUGUGGAGGAUCUACCAACUCAAAAGGAAAGUGAUUGUGGUGCGUUUUUGCUUGCUUUUGCGGAGUUUUUGUGUCUGCGCAAAGAAAUACCUUGUGAUUUCAAUAUUGAGAAUUAUCGCGAGCGUGUUGCAUUUCUGCUGUUCCGCUAUGGCAAUAUGAAGAUAGAGAGCAAUAUUGUUAGUGAUGAGGAGGUUGAAAAGGAGGUCCCAAAUCCAAAGAGAAAGGGGAAGAACAAGAUCUGAACUCUUCAUUUUAUCCUAGUACUUUAAGUUUUUUAUUUUGUUAUCUGAAAAAGAUCUGAACAAUAUUUGUUUUUUA